UUCAAGACUCGGUCACACUGGCUACUGCGGAGAAAUAAGUAAUCAUAUUUUUAAAAAUAACCAUAUCUGGUUGAAUAAAGCCAGCAGACAUCCGAAUUCUUAAGCUUGAAUCGGCGAUGUCGCGAAGAAGUGAAAGGACGGAAUGUUUUUCGCUGUAAUUCGCUUAAUAACCACAUACAUCUGGCGCAGACUGUAUGUAUAAACAGAUGCAUAUAGGGAUGAGUGAAUGUGUGUGCGAACUACCACAUACUGCAUUUCCAUAAACCGAGAGUUUGGCAAUAACGAAUAUCUCGCUUUCCCGACCAGAUUAAAGAAUUCGGUUAUAUAGCUCGCCGAUCGACGGCCUGUAUCGCUGGCGUCGGAAGAGAGUGGGUUGAAGCGUUUAUCUGGAAUCGCCCCACUGUGCGGUAACUGUGGACCAUGAACACCGCGGGAGCCAGCAGUCAACCGCCGCCCACUAAAAAUGAGUUACUCCCCGAGGAGUACCUCAUCCACGUGCAUAUGCCGAACAAGAGCUUCAAGGCGGUUAAGUUUAAUCUCAAGGAGACCGUUUUCCAUGUCAUCCGGCGAACCGUGGAGGAUCUGGGAACGGAUGGACGGACGCCCAGCAUCCAGCGAUAUGCCUGCCGCAUGCUAAACAUGAUCACCAAAGAGGUGAUCUGGUUGGCUAGGAGCACCUCGAUGCAGAAGGUUCUUACGCACAUACUGACGCCCGGCUGUUCCAACGUAGACUGCCCCAACAACCAGGCUGAACUGGAUGAGGGUUUGCUGGAGCACGGCCGAAGAAUCACUGACAACAGGGUGUGGCGAGUGGAACUAAGGGUGCGCUACGUGCCGAACAGUAUUCAGGAACUCUUCGACGAGGACAAGGCCACUUGCUUCCACUAUUUUAAUCAGGUGAAGGAAGACUUUAUCCAAGCCAAUGUCAGUUCUAUCGACACUGAAUUGGCAGUACAGCUGUGCUGUUUGGGAAUCCGUCAUUAUUUCAAGAACAUCACUGUAAAGGCUCCUGAUAAGAAGCAGCACAUUGACUAUAUUGAAAAGGAAAUCGGAUUUAAAAGUUUUAUUCCCCAAUCUGUGAUAGCCACAUCAAAGCCAAAGAAUCUUAAGAAAAUGAUCCAAGUCGGUUACAAAAAGGUCUACAAUUACAACGACAUUGAAUACCUGACACGGUUCUUCGAUCUUUUGAAAAGUAUUUAUUCAACAAACUCUGAGCAGUUCUCGAUUACCUUGAGCUCGGCAUGGAAUAUCUCUGGAAUUCUACACGUCGGUCCUCCCAUUGGAAUCUCAUACCAAACUCAUCGUCAGGACAGCUUAAAGAACGUAGCUCAGUUUAAAGACGUCAUUUCUAUAAAAACCUGCACUUUACCAAAGGAAAAGCUGCCCAAGUCUAGCGAAAAUGCUACAGAAUCCGAAUUACAAAACUUUAAUUGCAAUUGCCAGAAGAUCAAGACUCAGAUAAAAAUAUCAGCAUCAAACAAUGUAGAGGAUUUGGUUAUAACGUGCAAUGGAAUUAAUACUGCGGAGAGUAUUGCUGAUCUUAUUGACGGUUACUGUAGGCUGUUAUCAAAAGACCUAGAGUUCACGAUUUGGCAGCGAGAGACAAUAGCAUCGAGUGAUGAUAGUGGAAAAGCAAUGCCGAAUGAUGCUACGCUGGAGUCAAACAAAUCGACUUCGAGUCUGGGAAAGCCGAUGCUGACGGAUGAUUACGCCGAGAUUGGUUUAUUGGAGGGCGAGGGUGAUUACUCUACACCUACCGUUCGUAAUUAUGAGUUGGACCGAUCACACAUUACUCCGAGUGCUAAAAUUGGAGUGGGCCAGUUCGGGGAUGUUUAUGUUGGCACAUAUACUCUACCGAAAUUGGGGAAGGGAAAGAGCUCCCUAAGAAAUGGGCAAGAUAGCAAUAGCGACCAAAGAAACGCCGAUGCCAGGCCAGAUGUAAUUCAAGUGGCGAUAAAGACAUGUAAAGCUAAUGAUGAUCCCGAAAAAACAGACAACUUUUUGGCCGAAGCUAUUAUUAUGCAGAAAUUUGAUCAUCCCCAUAUUAUUCGAUUAAUUGGAAUUUGUAGCGUUAUCCCCAUUUGGAUAGUUAUGGAAUUGGCCAAACUUGGUGAACUGCGGGCAUAUUUGAAGACAAACAGCGACAGAUUAAGUCAUGGUACCCUAUUGAAGUAUUGUUACCAGCUAUCGACUGCUCUUAGCUAUUUGGAAUCUAAAAAGUUCGUACACCGAGAUAUAGCUGCGCGUAAUGUACUUGUCAGCUCCCCAACGUGUGUUAAAUUGGCUGACUUUGGAUUAUCACGCUGGGUUUCCGAUCAAUCGUAUUAUCAUUCAACACCCACAGUCGCCCUACCGAUUAAAUGGAUGUCCCCUGAGUCGAUAAACUUUAGAAGAUUUACCACAGCGAGUGAUGUAUGGAUGUUCGGUGUCUGCAUCUGGGAAAUACUCAUGCUUGGCGUGAAGCCAUUCCAAGGUGUUAAGAACAGCGAUGUAAUCUUAAAGCUGGAAAACGGGGAGCGCCUGCCACUGCCUCCAAACUGCCCGCCACGACUUUAUUCGCUGAUGUCUCAGUGCUGGGCUUAUGAACCUCUAAAACGACCAAAUUUUAAGCGGAUCAAGGAAACCCUCCAUGAAAUACUGAUUGAAGACAGCAUAAAUUCAUCGGAGACUCUAAAGCGGGAGAAACGAAAAGUUGCAUCCAUGUCCUGGGUGGGCAGUGACGAGAUUGACAUUCCGCCAUCGAAACCUUCAAGGGCGAUGCAUGAUCCUGACAUUACAGGCAUGAUGCCUGAAACGACGGCGCUACCUCAGACUUAUAUAAUUGCACAAAAUCCCGCGGUGCUGGCCAAGCUAAUGAUGGAGAACCAAAAACGAGGCAUCAACCCAGCCGCAUACACCACACCAGCUUCGGUAUUUAAUACUCUAGCCGUAGGAUUAGAUGACAGCAAAUCGAAUGUCUCACUUAAGACUACUAAGCUUCCAGCAGCAGAUUUGUUAAAACUUGACCCGAUCGCAGAAUCCGAAAGGCUAAAAUCCCAAUUUUCCACUAACAGCAGUGCUAGUCAAAUUGCCAACCCUAUAACCGCUUUAGCUAACCCCCUUGAAUCCCUUAAUCCUCAUCAGCCAGGAUUGUACACGGGCAGUUUGCCAUCAAAGAGUAGUUUCGUCGUUUGUACACCCCAAACAGAGGACCAAAUGCAAGGCGAAAACGUUUCUAACCCAACUGUGCCAAAGGUGGCCGGAUAUAGCCUAUAUGGUAGUCUGGAGAGGCAUCAAGCGCCACCAGCAAAGGCCAUGCAUUCGAAAGGUGGCAGCUUAGAACGCCAUCAAUCAUUGAUGUCAGCUCAAAAUUUAGUUUUCUACAAUACGAAACCGCCACAUUGCACGAAUACAGCAGAGCGUUCGAGGAGCAUGGAGCGAAACACCUACUUCCAUGCCUAUCGCCAGCAGAUGAAAACCUCUAUUGAAUGCGAAGCUCUUCCCGAAGAAAUCUACGAUUUUGGGGGUGCUGGACUCAAGACUUGUGUAUCCGCCAAGCAGCCACCGAAAUUUAGUCCAAUGAUUAAUAUACGCCCAAUGGAAUUUGGCCAAAUACAAACCGCUGAUUGCAUGGGAAUACAGGCGAUUGUACCAAGUGGCCCUGCAAGCGAUUCCUUUGGAAUUAUAUCCCCCCACAACUUGGACCUGAGAAAUCAGAGGGAAUGGGAGCGACAGUGGGUGGUUUCAGGGCCACAAAGUAUGACAGUCGGACCUAAUAUUUCCGAUGGAGCUGCUUGCAUGGCUACCUUGCAAGCCGAGGCCAUGGGAAAUCAGGCCUUUCACAAUGUUUUGGGCGAAAAGCUACGACAACAGCAAAAGGAAAGCAACAGCGAUAGCGAAUGGUUAAUUCAAGAAGAAUUACUGAGGCAGAGAUCCAGCUCCAUACCCCAAGGAUCUAUCAACGAUUAUCAGCCACAAAUGUUUAAGCUUGAUUUCAUGUCAGCUGGACCAUCUAGUUUACCAGACUGUUCGAACUCUAACUCUCGACCCAUGACACCAAAUGCGAAUCUCGUUUCGCUAAAGUCGAACAAUUCCUCGGCGGAUCACUUGUCUGGCUUGACAUCUGGUGAAGAUCAGAUGAGUUCGAAUUCACGAAACUUUGGCGGUUCGGUUUUAAGUCGGCCACUGAACCGAGCAGAUGACGAAGUCUAUUGCGCCACCACACUGGUGGUCAAAUCAAUAAUGGUGCUGUCACAAGGCGUGGAGAAAGCCAAUACCGAAGGUUAUUUGGAACUGGUUAAAAAUGUGGGUGUCAAGCUGAGAAACCUGCUCACAUCGGUUGACAAAAUAUCCGUGACUUUCCCAGCACAGGCCCUUAAGGAAGUGCAAAUGGCACAUCAAGUACUUUCCAAAGACAUGCAUGAACUGGUCUCAGCAAUGCGAUUGGCCCAGCAAUAUAGCGAUACAACUCUGGAUUGUGAAUAUCGCAGGAGUAUGCUAUCUGCAGCCCACGUACUGGCUAUGGACGCCAAGAACCUGUUUGAUGUCGUCGAUUCAAUUCGGCAACGUUAUCAACACCUAUUCCCACCACAAGCCACAAAAGAAACGAGUAGUUCGUCAAGUAUUGAGUCAACUUCGGGGUCCAUUGUCACAGAGCCGAUUAAUGAGCUUGGCGGUUAUUUAAAACCAAGUUCUUCUGGAGAUUUGUUGCAGAACACAGGAAUAUACGAUAAUGAUUUGCAACAUAGCUUCAGCUCGCAGUUGCAGUUGCAAAAUCCAUCCUCCAGCAUUGACUUAAGUGGUGGGGGCAGCCUGCAGAGAGGGAUGAGCUUAGCCCUGGAUACCACUAGAUCAACUAAUGAACCCUUACGCAUUGUCGAGGAGACUCUCGGAAGCCCGGGUGAACAUAUGUAUUGUAACACGUCCGCCUUGCAUGGCCACGCGUAAUUCUAGAAGACUAUGUUUCUGCGCAGCUAGAUAUUAACUUAAUGACCUAACUACUGUACAUACUUUAAAUAUAUAUAUCAAAAUAUUUAUAUCAAUCGAACAAUUCAGCGAAUUAUUCGCUUAUCUACGUACGGAAUAUACAUAGCUUUGAACAUACUUACUCACUAAAGUUUGACGAGACUCCAACUCGGCCGGCCGCAUUCUCACAUCGUCAUGUAGUCAAAAUAAUUUAAGAAACAAAGACACGUUUUUGAAUGAAGAUGGCUAGUAAUAAUAUUUAUAGAUAAUCUGCCCCUAAUACAACUAAAAAUUAAUUUCA